AUGCCAACCACCGAGCUUGCCACCAUCUCUCUCAAAGCAGGAAGCCAAAUCGGCGAACCCAACAACCCAGCAGCAGCAGUCUUCAAGGACUGCGCUGAUACAAUCGCCCGACAGGAUGGCUUCGAGGGCAUGCAGUUUGACUGGACGAGCAAGAGCAAACACGAGGAGUUCAUGGCCUCGCCCGACUACGGUCCGUUCUUUAAAAGCUUCGGAACCAUUAUCGGGGGUGGCCUCAGCCUCGCACAUAUCGAUUUCCAGCCCGAGGGCGGUGCCACCCGUGCUAUGAGCGCACCUGUCACCGAAGUCGUGACCUUUUACUUUGAAGGGGGCCCUCCAGAUGACUCCUUCGAGAGCUGCAAGAAGUUUCUCGAGACCUGCGAGAAGGAAUCGCAGCAGAAGGUGUAUGGUUGGGCUUACGGGACUACGUACGAGGAGAUCGAGAAAGAUGGUGUGAAGGGCAAGGGAGCGGUGUUGUUGAUCGGGUGGGAGAGCAGACAGGAGCAUAUGGACUUCCGCGAGACGGACACUUUCAAGAACAACAUCCACUUGUUGAGGCAGACGGCGAAGGGGAUUGAGAUGCAUCACACGCAGUUUAUGAACUUCGUGGCUUAG